AUGGGGAAUGCUCAUGGGGGUUUUAACCUCCCUGGACAUCCAGGAGGCAGCGAUGACAAGAAAGACAAGAAGAAGGAAAAGAAACCCCUUGAAGCGGCACCACCUUCGCACGUCGGCCGCCGCAAGAAGCCUAAGGGCGCCAUCGGCGCUACGAAACUGCCAAAUGUGACGCCCGUUACUAAAUGCCGAAUGCGGCUUCUGAAGUUAGAACGCGUCAAGGAUUACCUCUUGUUGGAGGAGGAGUACAUCAGCAACCAGGAGCAGCACAAGCCAGCAGAGGAGCGCAACGAAGUAGGGUAUUUCUGUUCUUUGGGAAGCGUGGAAGAAGUCUCUCGUGUGGAUGAGCUGAGGGGGUCGCCCUUGAGCGUGGGGACCCUGGAGGAGCUGAUAGAUGACCAACACGCCAUCGUGAGCUCUUCAAUUGGCCCCGAGUACUAUGUCAACAUUUUGUCGUUCGUUGACAAAGACCUCCUGGAGCCCGGCUGUUCGGUGCUGCUGCACAACAAGACGAGCAGCAUUGUGGGAAUUCUGAGCGACGAGGUGGACCCGUUGAUUUCAGUGAUGAAGGUAGAGAAGGCACCUCUGGAGACGUACGGGGACAUCGGAGGACUCGAGAAACAGAUUCAGGUCUUAGUCACAGACUAA